AUGAAAACUUUUCUCCUUCUCCUCUAUAUCAUCCUUCAAACACUAUGCCAAGAUUAUUACUAAUUACUUGGAGUACCACGUUCUGCAUCAGAUGAAUAAAUCAAAAAGGCAUUCAAGAAACUAUCCCUCAAAUAUCAUCCUGAUAAAGCUAAAGGCGAUAAAGUUGAAGUAAGUGUAAUUUCUUAAUCUUAGUCUGAAAAACAAUUCUAAAAAAUUGUAAAUGCUUAUGAGAUUCUUAAAGAUCCAGAGCAGAGAAAAAUAUAUGAUAAAUUUGGAGAAGAGGGAUUAAAAGAGCAUACUUAAAGAUAACAACAAAGUAUACAUUUAUAUUAAUGACAAGAAUAAGGCCAUUUUAAUUAUAAUGAUAUUUUCUCUAGGUUUUUUGGAGGAGGAUUUCAAUAAUAAAAACCUAACCUUGAAUAAUCUUUAUUCUCUAAAAGUGAUGUUUAUGAAAUCGAUAUGACUACUAUUAAUAAAUUCUUUAGAAGAGAUCAUGUUUGGCUCAUAUUCUUUUAUAAAAAUGAUGAUUAUGCCAGAUAAUACAAAAAUACUUGGAAUGAAUUAGCAUCUAAAUAUUAUGGUAUUUUUUAAGUAGCUGCCAUUAAUUGUGCUGCUGAAAAUGAAAUUUGUGAUGAUGAAUUCUAAGUUUAUGAGUUUCCCAAAGUAAUUACCUACCCUGCUAAUAUAAGAUAAGAACCAAUUGAAUAUAAAUUAAAGAUAGAAUUAGAAUAAUUAGCUAAAUUUGCCAUUUCUUAUAUGGAAAGCUUUGUUAGCAUAGUAACUAACGAUAAUUAUGAAAAAUUCAUUCAAUAAGAAGAAUAACAUAUUGUUUUAUUAUUCACAAAUAAAACAUCUACUCCACCUCUUCUUAAAGUUCUAUCCAAAGAACUAAAAGGAAAAUUAGUUUUUGGACAAGUCAGAAAUUCAGAUACUAAAUUAAUUCAAUCAUUUUAAAUUUCAAAUUUUCCUACUCUUAUGGUAGUGACUGAACCUGAAUAAUAUAGGGGUGUCAUUUAUGAACAAAAUGAUUUUAAAAAAGACUAAAUUAUGAAAUUCUUAAGAGAAUAUGCAUAUAUUAGCAAAAAAGUUAAAAAAACUCAUCAAGCUCCAAGAGAAUUGUCAACUUUAUUAAUAAAAAAUGGAGCUUGUACAACUAAGGAUACUAAAAUGUGUUUUAUUAUUAUUACUGAAGAUAAAGAUUAUUUAGAUUUGCUAACUCCUUUAUCUUAACAUUAUAUGAAGGAUAAAAUAGAUUUUUAUUACAUUAAUAAAAAGUAAAGAUAUUAUUUUAUUUUCUUAGCAAUUUAAUAUACUCAGAAGUUUUUGAUGAUAUUAGCACUUUCCCAACAGCAGUGGUGAUUAAACCAAAAAAGGAAAGAUAUGCUAAACUUUAAGGGGAAUUAAAAUUAUCAACCAUAUAAGAUUUUCUUGAUUCCAUAAUUAGUGGGAAUGUGUAAUUCAAAUCCAUGAAAGAUAGUCUUGAUCUAAAUAUAUUUAAAGAAGAUUUGUGA